GUGAGUUCGAAGGUUUCAAAGUGUACUAACAAAACCAGCCUAAUCCGCAAGAUCAACCGCUUCAAAACGCCCGCCCUAGCCGCCCUCCCCCUCUUCAUCCUCGGCACCGCCCUGAUGAUCCCGUUCCGCUCGCCCACGAGCCACAUCACCGCCGUAAUCGCCUGCGAGAUCCUCAAGGCCGUCGCGGGCGGCACGAUGCCUUCCCGAUUACAUAUCGAACUUAGUGCUACUCUCGGAUAAAUAUAUUAUCCGAUGUGCCGUCCCGGUGGGCUCGACAAAGGGGAUGGAUUGAUAACAGUUAUUAUUCCUAAGUCCUUACUCAUCAAUAGAAUGACACCCCUUUCAAGCAACCACCAGUUACGGUCAUGUCAGAUUCGGAGGGAAGCAGGCAAGAGAAGAUACUGAGAGAGCAGGCAGAUGCACGAAAUCGCCAGGCUACCUUCGAAGAAUUUAUUCAACAUUGUUAUAAUCUUCUUUCAAAGCCCCUAGAAGUCGGAAAUUGUGUCUUUAAGUUACAGCGGGUUUACAACUCAGUUCGUCAAUAUCUCCAUCCUCUAGGCAGCGAAGCACCGCGAUUAUUCAGUCCCUGCGUUGUACUAGAAGAGUACGGUGAAAAGGACCUGGAGGUGUAUGAGCGUUUCGCCGUGGAAAAUCAUGUUUUUGAUAUUAUUUCAGCGCUGUGCAAGAUACCGAGUGCUCGAGAGGAAUUUGGCCUAGGAAUGGGGUGUGGUUCGACAACUACACUAAUACUUUUGACGAAAGUUCCGCCAGACGAAGCAAAUUCGAAGGAACGUCCUGCCCGCCCCGACCAAUUCUGUAUCCACCGUGUUGAUGGAGAUACUAGGGCCUUGUUGACUAUAGUCGAGUACAAACCGCCGUAUAAACUAUCUAACGAGAAUCUUAGGGCGGGACUUCGACUGAUGAACUUUUACCACGAGACUAAAGUAAGAUAUAACGUCGCUCACCUUGCCGGCUCUGCGAUCGUUCAGAAAUACCAUGUGAUGAUUCUGAAAGUCUAA